GAUUUCCAGAUGAGGGAAGAGCAGAGAAAAGAAGUCUCUGGGGAGACCCUCCCACCUGCCCCUUCCCCCGCCAGGGCUCCUGAGCCAGAGCCCAGAGGGGUGCAUGCUGGAGUCUGGGUUCCCAUGAAUAAUUGAGGUUCCUGAAGCGCCCCACAGCUGUCCCCCUCUCCCUGUGCCGGGAAGGGGGCUGUGGUGACGUCAUUUCCUCCCCUGCGGGGCCACUGCACCUAGGUUAUAAGGCGCUGGCCCCGCGGUCCCUCAGCGGAGAGGCCCGGGUCUGCACUCCCCACCAUGCCGCUCCGUGCACCCGCCUCUGCAGUGCUGCUGCUGCUGCCUCCGCUGCUGCUGGCGCUGCUGCUGGGGGCUGCGUCCUCGGCUCCCCUGGAGCUCAGACCCUCCAAGGAGGAGCUAACCCGCUGUCUAGCAGAAGUGGUCAUGGAGGUGCUGACCCUGGGCCAGGCCCAGAGAGGCCCCUGCACAGCUCUGCUCCACAAAGAGAUAUUCGAGACAGAGGCCCACGGCUGCGUGCCUCCUGAGAAGAGGUGGCUGCGUGGGGACUUCGCCAGGCAGGAGGCUGGGAAGACGAGGUCCAGCCAGGAGAUAAGGGACGAGGAAGAGGAGGAAGCGGCAGAGACGACCCACAAGUCCGAGGUACGGGAACAGGCUGCGCACACACAGCUCCAGGGCCAGCUUCACCAGGAGGAGGAGGAGGAGGAGGAGAGCCAACCGGGGAAGGCCUUUGAGCGUACGUGGAAGCACCAUCCAGAGCGUGCCAGAGGCCCCCAGAAGCGGGUGGCUGAGAAGGACAGCGACGAGGAGACAGCCCAGUUUCAGCCGGAGGAGAAGGGCUUGCAGCUGCUGGGCGGAGGCCAUGAUCUAUGGCAGGGGGCCGAGAGGGCCGGGGGAGAGAGGCAUGAAGAGCCCUCGAACCAUCGCCACUACCCGGAGCAGCCCGGCACCAAGGCCAAGCAGGAGGAAGAGGCAGGGGAGCAGGAGGCCACAGAGCAGGAGGAGCACGGUGCGGAGCGGCUGGAGCGCGUGCAGGACCAGCUGAAGAAGGCCACCGCCAUGCUGGGGGAGGCUCUCGGGAGGGAAGGCUGACCCCUCUCCCCUCUCCUCCUCCACACUCCCUAAGGCUCUGGGCUGCUGCCCUCAGAGCCCCCUUCCCCUGGCAUCCUGCUCCUCUUCCAACUGGCAGGGGGUGUGAGCAAGAUGCCUGAGAGGAGUCUGAGGGGGCGGGGGCUGGCCUCGGACCGACUCAGGGCCUCCCCAGCCCCUCCACCCCUCGAGUGAAUAAAGCACAAAGCAAACA